AUGAAUGAAAAACUUUCUAACUUAAAAAUAACAGAAAAUAAUAAAAGUAUAGGCUGGAGAGUUGUUGUAGGUGAUAAUCUACAUUUAGGACAUGUCUCAAGUCUUUUAAAAAUAAUAAUGGAAGUUAAAGAUGUUGGCUAUGCUGUGAGAAUUCUUAUAGAUGAUUUGGAUUAUAGUUUAAAACAUAAUGAAAAUUUAUUAAACAAAAAUAGAGAAGCGAUUAAGAAAAUAAUAAUUAAGAUUUUUAAAUCUUACAAUAUAAAAAAUGUUAGUUUUUUUUUGUCUUCUGAUCUUCGAAAUAGCGAGAAUUAUGUUAACGAUUUUUACAAAUUAAUAUCUGUCACAACAGAAGAUGAAGCGGCGCUUUGUCUUGAAACUAGUAACGAUGUAAAAAUGGGCGAUCUUUUACAACCCGUUCUUAAGACACUUGAUUUUUUAUAUUUAGAUGUUGAUAUUAUUGUUCAUUGUAAUGAUAAAGUGGUCAGUUUAGUUGAAAAAAGUAAACAAUUUAUUAAUUUAGAUAUUAAAAGUAUUAAAUAUAUUAAUAAUGGUUUAAUUUGUAAUUUUAAAAACAAUAAGAUACCAGAUUUAGAUAAGACUUUAAGUAUAUGGUUAUUUGAUAAAGAAAGGGUUGUGUAUAAAAAAAUUAAUAAAUUUUUUUGUGAGGAGGGAAAUACUGAUACUAGUGUUUUAAAAAUUUUUGAGUCAAUUAUUUUUAAUUUUGUUAAACUAGAAAAUAAACAUCUUAAUAUUACAACAGUAGAUGGAAAUAUAAUUACAUACAAUAAUAUCGAGGAACUUAUGUCAGAUUUUAAAAAUAAAUUAGUACAUCCUGCUGACUUAAAAACCAGCUGUUCUAAUUAUAUUUUAGAAAUAUUUAAAAAAUUUAGUUAA